AUGAUGGAUGUGAUAGAAAUCAGCUCCGAUUCCGACUCAGACUGCGUCGUCUCGCCGCAGCCCCCGUUCAAGAAGCGACGCACGACAUUUUAUCGUGAGCAAAUGAAGGAAGCACGCGGUAAAAAUCGCGACGAAGCUACAUUGCCGCGAAAGAGCAAGAAGACGGCGGUCGAAGAGUCACGAGAAGAUCGGACCGCCGACAAGGAGCGACAGCCUGGAGAAGGAAAGCAUACGCGGAGGCAGCAGCCGCAGGCGACGCGGGGUGGAAGCAAUGAUGCGAUCGUGGUGCCGUCGGGCCCGGCGGUCGAGGAAGGCGAGCAGCGACAGAGGCCCCUCGACGUCCGAAACAAGGCCUUCGUCGACUCGCCGCAUGUCCCUUUCCCGAUGACGGUGCCUGCACCGAUAGCAGCACCCGUAGUGGCAGUGGCAACACCUGCGGCACCAUCGUCUACGGCACCAUCGUCUGCGGCACCAUCGUCUACAGCACCAUCGUCUGCGGCACCAUCGUCUACGGCACCAUCGUCUGCGGCAUCACCCCGCUUCCGCGCAGAUAAGGGAACGCAGCCACUGCCUGUCCUUCCCAUUGCCGCAGAGAAACCCUCUUUACCAGACACCAUCGCAUCAGCCGAAAAGCCAACCCCCACUGGGUCUGAUCGGGAACCACACCUCCCGGCCAGCGCUGUGGCAAACUCGUCCGAUCCUCUUACGCUGCAGAAGUCGCCCAGCCAGGCCUCGCUCCAUAAGUCGAGAUGCUUGCAGCAGCAGCACACUAGACCGGGAAAUACUGCGCCUGCUCUUCCAGCGUCGUUGCAGGCGGUCAUGGCGCACUUGGGGAGGGUGUGGCGGCGCCCGGGACAGUUGUUUCGGAGGCAGGCAGACGACGAUGCGACACGGUGA